GAGACGUCGAUGGGAGGGGCGUGUUGUUUGCCUCCUCCAGUGUGUUUCCAGUCAGUUAAAUAUUUAUGGUUUCGAGGAGGAACAGCUUCCUAUUGGCUUCCCUCCUCUCUACAGUGCGUUUCUUUCUGCCGUAUGCUGUUUUCACUAACCAUCUUCGAGCAGUUGAGCUGCUUCAUCUGAGGCCAGAUAAUGUGGAAGUCCGCCCAGCAGGGGGUCCCACGCUGACAGAUUGGGCUGUUGAAGGUCACUCACUCCCUCCACACACUCAUCUGCAACCACGUAUUUAGCGUCUGCCAUUUUCACCUGUUUUAGCCUUAAACUAGUAAUAACGGCUUAUAUGCAUCAGCCCCUACUGUCCGAGGAGGAAGGAGGCACACGUAGAACGGGACGUGUGCUGAGACGAGAGCGAGGCUGUGGACUCAUGUGGCACUGGACUGGCCCCCGGCUUGUGAUGUGCCUGGCACAUGGGACGCUACCUUGUUUCUGCGGCUUAAUCACUUCUACUGCUUCCGAACAUCAGUACAGUAACUCAAUUCAAGAUGAAGCAUCAUCCUUGUUCAUAACCGUGCAUCAGUGAGGAUGACUUUAAUGGACUUGUUGAAGUAUUAACCAGUACUGUGGCCUUGCUGUUUAUUUUGGGAUCUGUUAGUCACAGCACACAUGCACACACCCUCUCCCCUUGCAGACACAGCACUAACUGAGCAGCCUUAAACUAUCAAUAUUUCACUCAGCGGCUCUAAGUGCAUCAUUUGCCGGCACGUGCACACAUCUGCCUUUUGGUAUCUGGGCUCUGCGUUGGGUCGGCGCUGGCGAGCCGCCCUCUGCCCUACUUUGCUGUGCACUUUAGAGGCUCGGCUCCGGCUGCGAGGGUGCUUUCAAGGGACGGCCGGUGUUAAGAGGCUGCUGGACAGCUUGUGUGCGCUGCCAAGUGCUGGUGGAGGGAGGCCAGAUCGGCCGAGCAGCACGACUUUGGCUUUGACAAACACAGGUUAGUCAGAUGGAAUGGAUGUGUUCCCAGAUGUCCCCCUCGCCGCCGUGUACACAGCUCUGCGCUCGCUGUUUGACCGGCUGCAGUCUCAUCGCCGACCGGAAGCCCUUUAGAAAAUACAACAAAUGAAUAGAAGUGGGGGUUUGGGGUGAAUUGUUUCUCCACCUUCGUCUGCUCAUUUCUCCGUUCGCCGCUGACACGUGUUCGUCAUCGGCUGCGUGUUUCUCAGCAGGGAGGCUGAUGGAAACCUUGUCAGCACUUUUCUGUAUUGACCCGCGCUUCACAUUUUGAUUUGAGUUUUUCUGCGAAGCAGUAUUAACCGCGGCGCAGUCCUGGUGAUUGAUGAUUUUUCACUUUAUACAAAAUUGAUGUUUAAGUACAGAAGUUGUGAUGCUGAAGGGGAGCCCUGGGUUGAACUGCUAGAUUUUCCAGCGCUGCGCAGAGUGGGAGUGUGUUCAUUUCCUUUAUGUCAAUUAUUCAGGGCCGUUUGAUGAGCAGGACUGAUUCUCCUUCAACCAUGAUGUGCAGAGAAGACCUCUUUGUUUCAACAGUCCAGUCCAUUCCUUCAGUUUUACUCCAUAUUGGCAAAGAAUCCACAGACCUCAUCGUCAGGCAUGGGCAUAAAACAAUUAUACAAAAAUAAGACAGCAUGGAAUUAAAGGGGACCAGCUGAGUAUGUGGUAUAAUAGGAGGCCAGUAACAUGUAGGCUCCUGCUCCCAUUAUUGCACCCUUGAGUAAGACUUUUAAUACAGUAUGUCCCACUUUUCUUCUCCUGACCCUCAGAGAAACUCAUGAGAGGUGGUUUAAAUGCAGUAGUUCAGUCCCUCCUCUUUUCCUAGACUGACUUUUGGUGCCUGAGCCGCUGCCCUCUAACGCUGGUUCUGUUUUCUACGAAGUGCUAGGCGUCACAUGUUUCAAUAAAAGAGACCUAAUAUUUGCCCGCUCACUUGCCGUGUGCCGAUGUGCUAAUGUGUGGCCCCUUGUGUCUCACCGCUCCCACCUACAGCAGGUAGCGCCGCAGCUCCGGACCCCCAAAGUCCUCAGACGCACUAUUCUGCAUGCGGUAAAAGAGCUGAACUCCGAGCUUUGGGCCGGAGUCAUUUAUCUUCUGCGCUGAGUUGGGUGCCUAUCUCAGCAGCUCCUCCACUCGCUGAGGCCGCUAAUUAAUCUCUCAGGGGGCCAAAGCAGACGUGCCGCUCUCAGGAUGAUGCAUGAAAGGAACACAGUUGCACAGGUACCAGGCGGGCUGAUGGACACUAUCCCACCACUGCCUCAUCCCUCUUUCUGCCUCCGCUGCAUUAACAGCCCGACUGGGUCACGAUGGUCGGCAGUGAGACCAGUAGCCUACGUGCACUGGGCUUAUCUAACACUAGUUCCUUCCUGUAGUGACUCAGCACUGUUUCAUUCACUCAUUUAGUUUUUAAAGAGCCUAAAGCUUGCAGCAACACUGACAUUAAGACUAGGAGACAGAUAAAUGGUUUAAAACCUCUUUAAAACCCUUUAACUAUAUACUGUGUUUGUUAUUUUAUGUCUUAAAUGGCAUUUAAAUCACAAACACACAUUUGCUCAGUCAGAACCCAGAAUAGUUCGUGUGGCGUUAGUCACUGGUGACUUAUGUUUAUUCACACCUUCCGAUGUGACUUUCUGUGUUGGCGGACUGAAUAAAUUGUUUUCACACUGGGAGCAGCACAGCGCUUCUCUCCCAGCAGACGGUGUUCUUUGCAUUAUCCAAGAAAUUAGCCGUUGUUCUUGUUGUGCCUGUGCUGCACUCAUUAUGCAGGGGCACCGUCCCAGCAAAGACCCAGCAAGCUGCGGAGCCUGACCCAGUCAGUUCUGUAUGUGAGUAGCCUCAAGUCUCUGGAUGCUGCCCUCAGUGUUUGAGGCUCAUGGCUUAUGUCCCUUUACACAUUUACACUCUCUUUCCUUUUUUUUAUCUGACUUCCAAUUAAGGAUCUUAAGGAGCAAACUGCAUAAUAUUCUUAUUACACUUUGUCUAGGAGACGUGUGUAGAGCUGCUUCCUACUUUUCAGCAUUGGACAUUGUUGUGCUUCAUCUGAACUGGACUAAAACUGAACUUCCACUGUGCAUUUUUAGAUUCCCUGCUCCUGUUAAAAUAUUUAUGUACUUCCUCCUCGACCUGUCAAACUUAGCGCCGUAGCUGUCAGUCGAAGACGAACGCUGAUGAUGAGACAUGCACAAAAAAACCCCAAACAUCUGCGUUCACGUUAGUCAUGAAGCAUGAGCGUGAUCCUUUUAGACUUUAUUUCCUCUUUGAGGCCGGAGUAACAAUAAUUCUGUGACAAAAUGUCUGAAUUGCAGUUUUGACACCAGAGAAGAGUUUGUACGUGUCACGCUGGUUUGUUGUGACUGUAGAACAGACACCGAUCAGCUGGAGUGACGUCAGCUGAUUACAUGCAUGCUGCACAUAGAAGGCUCAGGAUCGGAUCCCCUUUCUCUCUCCAGUUACCUCUCUAUCUGUUAUAGUGUGAGUGGAAGAAAGCAGCAGAAUGUGUGGAAAUGCCAAAUCCAGGCUGAAUUUGAAAAUUUGACCGUCAGUAUCAUUUUACACUUUCUUUCAUCAUGCUUUAAGUUUCCAAUACUUCCUACAGUAACAUAGCUACACACUAAGAGGGAAGCUGCAUUUCCAGCCUGGAGGACUGGCCUGCAUCAAGGUAGUCAGCGUGGAAUGUAAACUGCCUGUGCCUUUAUGCUUAUGCUGCUCCGUGUCAGUGUGUGUGCGAGUGCGAGGGUCAUGGGCCUCCAUUAAGCUGUGUUUACAGAGCCCGGGUCCAGUGUCGGUGCCCCGGCCCCAAGGAGCCCGGCUCUGGAAACUCCCGCCUGUGAUGUCCGCCACCUGCCAGACGGAGAACGCGGCAGCUCGCACCUCUGUCUGACUUCGGGGAUGUUACGUGGUUGCAUUGUAGCAGGGCUCUCAUUCCUUCCCUGUGAGGUAGCUGCGAUUUCCAGAAGUGCUCACUGUCAUAGGAGGUGCUGCGAAAUCAGAGGAUCUGGGUUAAAUCUACACAUAUGACCGACUAAAUGUCGCCGUGAGGUUCUAUUACAGGAACUACAUGUUAAAGUUCAUCUCAACAGAUUUAGAGCAUGGCCAAAGUCAUUAUGCUGCAAUGUACAGUGAACAUCAGAGGACAUUACGACCCACGCUGCCGUUAUGACUCGCGAGCUUCACCUGCUCUAGUGGAAAACAAACAUCAGAGCUUUUCCCCCCGGCUGUAAAUGCGAAGUGUUGCUGACCUAGAUGAAAGCGGCAAAUGGGCGCCGCGCAUUAAGCAGUUCUCUCCCUGAAGUAGGUUGCAGUGUCUCUUAGAGGAACUUUUGCCUCAGAGUCGACACCACGGGGAGCAGGCUAUAUUUAUUAUUCCUGCUUGUGUGAAUGCAUAAAGACUGUAUAGUGGAGCAUCUGAGGCUAUAGAUGGAUGAGAGCUGAAGUCGUCAGAAUGAGCGCGUGACGGCGAUGCUCUAUUUGAUUUCUCCAUCACGCACCAAUGAGAAAUGAAGAAGUGAAGAUUCCCCAGCGCAACACAGCUGGGAUAUUAUAGCAGUGGGAGAAAGCAGAGUGAAGCAGCAGACUGUUGGCACGUGAGCUCUGGGUGGCUGCCAUGUGGCUGAAGCGGGGCUGCUGGCAGACCUAACGACAGCUUGUUUUCAUUGGCUCCUGUGGAUAAGGAUAAGAAGAGCGUGAAUAAUUGUGGGACACGGGAGGAAGAGGGGAAGGGAAAUAACAGUGAUGACUAGCGUAAUAGAAACAAAAGAGCAAGCAGCGAGAGGAAAGAGCGAAGUCAAAAGAUAAGAGGGUAAAAAAUUGCUGAGAAACAGACUCGGGGGGAGGGGGGGAUCAGUAUCUCUGGGUAGAGCUCGCUCACCCGCAGAGCCAGGCGAGGUGCGCCUGAGCAGCCCUGCGCUGUGAUUGGCCGAGCGCGAUGCAGCUCUCUCCCCCCCCUCCCCACCCAAGAAAGAGGUGCAGCAGGAGCGUCAGAGCCAGACAGCACAAGGCUCCGCGGCGGAAGCAGCGUUUCUCCAAAGCUCCGCUUAGGAUGCAGCCUGCGCAGCAUCUAGAGACAGACUAGGUGGCAACAAAGACCCGAACACACAGCCCUAGCAUCCAGCUGCUGUUUGAAGCCCUCUCCAGGAGCGGUCGGUUCGAGGAGCACUGCGCUGGUUGCGCCAUGGGCAGGCAGGGCCACGACAGCGCCGCUCCGGCUCCCGGGAUGCGCAUCCAGCGCUCCCAGAGCAAGAUGAGCCUGUCGGCAUCCUUCGAGGCGCUGGCCGUCUACUUCCCCUGCAUGAACUCCUUCGAUGAGGAGGACGGAGAAGCGGGAGGUAAGAAGUUGCGCAGCACGAUCCAGAGGAGCACGGAGACGGGCCUGGCGGUGGAGAUGAGGAGCCGGAUGACUCGGCAGGCCAGCCGGGAGUCCACGGACGGCAGCAUGAACAGCUACAGCUCCGAGGGAAAUCUUAUCUUCCCGGGUGUGAGGCUCUCCUCAGACGCUCAGUUCAGCGACUUCCUGGAUGGUCUGGGUCCCGCUCAGCUGGUCGGAAGGCAGACGUUGGCUACACCAUCUAUGGGUGACAUCCAGAUCGGUAUGGUGGAGAAGAAGGGAGCACUGGAGGUGGAGGUCAUCAGAGCCCGUGGCCUUGUGGGAAAACCAGGUUCCAAGGCACUGCCAGCACCAUAUGUAAAGGUCUACCUUUUGGAAAAUGGCGCCUGCAUAGCCAAAAAGAAAACAAAAGUAGCAAGAAAAACCUUGGACCCUCUUUACCAGCAGCAACUGCCGUUUGAGGAGAGUCCAGGAGGGAAGGUCUUACAGGUCAUAGUGUGGGGUGACUAUGGACGCAUGGACCAUAAAUCGUUCAUGGGAGCAGUUCAGAUACUGUUAGACGAGUUGGACCUGUCCAACAUGGUGAUUGGCUGGUUCAAGCUCUUUCCUCCCUCCUCGCUGGUGGACCCUACGCUGGCCCCGCUGACAAGAAGAGCUUCCCAAUCGUCCCUGGACAGCUUCUCUCGGUCAUAGCAGCGUGCGGACUGAUAGCCUUGUUGUAGCAGCCAGUGUUGCGAUCGCAGGUCACGCUCCCCCGGUUACACUGCAUGCUUGAUGUUGUGUCUUCUGAGCCUGUUUCUAGGGGCGCAAACGUGAUCCUGUCUUUUGAGCAAAAACGUUGCGCACAGUGUGCACACGGCGAAAACGUUGUCGCGCGCGAGCGCCCGGUGGCCGGAGAAUGCCGGGAAUGCCGGGCGUUUUUUUUCCUGUUUUUUUUUUUUUUGUUUUUUUGUUUUUUUUUUGGAGGAACCUGGAUUGAACUUCUUAGCACGAGGAAUCAGUCAGUUCCAGGUUUUCAUCCAAUUCGAAGCCAUGGGGGUCAGUACUGGGAACCACUUCGCGUUCUACAAAAGCCCUUUUCGAAUGAAAAAUAAAUGUUUCGCUUUCAUUUUUUUUCUUUUUCUUUUCUUUUUUCUUUUAUUUCUAUGUCAGUGUACUUGUUUCCAAAGGGGGCAACUUGUUUCUAACCAGACGCUUGGUCAUGCCACGCCAACCGACCUAGCUAAAUAGAUGGAGUUUUGCAGACCAUCACUUUGGGUGAGGUGUGUCCCAGCUCGUUCCAACCCCCCACCCCCCACCCUGACACACCCGGCCCAUACUCUAUGUUUAUGCAUUCAGUUGAACCACACUGGUGACCCGCCAGACUAAAUCUUAGGCAAUACUGAAGUGGCUCCCAUCAACACUGCAGAAUAUACAGUAACGAUCUAAACCCCGUGAAAAGAUGUACAAUCUACCAUCAUUCUUUCUCUGUUGAUAUAUUGUAUGAAAAUUAAAUUAGAAAAAAAAGUUUCUUUUUUUUCCUUUAUCAGUUCAUUUGCAUGGACACAAAUUUAGCUAAAUAAAAAAAGACAAUUAUUUUCUUGAGGCUGCAACAUGCAAAAAAAGAUUAAAAAUAAACAAAACAGAUCAGCCAUUUCAAUAAUUUGUAUUUUUUUUAAACUAGUGCAUGGUUUUCAAGGGGAGUGAAUGCAACACGGCGAUAAAAAAAAAUGCAUUGUUUCUCAUUCCUUCGACCGAUUCAUGAGUCGGUAUUUUGCAGACUCGCAGAGAAGGAAAAGCUAAAGGAAACCUUUGGAGUAACCUACAGAAAAUGUUUAUGUGACAAGAAGUGAUAAUGAAAAUAAAUGUAAAGAUUUAUUUCCUCUUAAAAAGGCUCAGGCCUUAUGAAGAUCAACAUUAUGUGCAAAUUGUACGUUUCUCUUUCUCUUCCUUGUCCCAGGGUUCUUCUCAUUGUACGACUCACCGCUCCUUGUUCAGUCCCCUGACGUCGUCCAGGUUUUCGGACCGUCGGUUCUUUUACACUUCUGUAUGGUUUCAAUAGGUCUUUUACUUUGGAUUUGAUUUGUUUAACAAGCAUGUUGAAAAGGGUUUUCUGCAACAUGGCUUGGGCACACCUUACAGUAACUCAGCAUGUUUUGAUAAAGAUGAUAUUUGGAAUUUUUGCAGUUUCUUGUACAGUGCAUGUCAACUCCAUUACUUUUCUCCCUCACCUUAAUUGAACUCUGCAGCAAAUUAGUUCUGGGCCGUUCCGCGGCCACUUAUUGACGUUUUGACGAAAACAUUCCACACCCUCCCGAGCUCAUGUUUUCUUUCAGGUUUUUGAGAAUUAAAAAAAAAAGUGACAAGGAAACUAUUUUAUAUUUAAUGGAGGUCGAGGAAACAGUUGUGAUUGCAAGUGUAUUUUUUUUUCUUUCAGUAUUGUCUACAAACAUGCAAAAAUAAUCUGUACUAGUACAGCAAGAGCUCUACACCGAAUUCAGCGGCAGCAGACGCACCGGAUGUGCGUCGCCGUGAUUCAAUCUUACAGGCACGGUUUGUGAAGAUGAGCUAAUCACAAGUAAGGGACAUUGCCACAGAAAAUGUUUUUUUUCUUGUUUUAAUGAAAAUGAAAUUAAUUUACUAUAUUUUUGUUAGUUUUAUUUAAAAGCCAAUACCAGUUUAUUUUUUAUUUUCUAUUUUUAGUAAUUAUAAAUGCUUCUCACUUCUGGGAAGCACAUAGUUGCAGUAUGUCUGAAUGAAAUUGAAGUGAGGCAUUAUUUCUCUUCCAGGUGACGACAAUGUGUCAGUGUCCGAGAAAACGGUGGCUGUAACAGGCUACAUUAUAUAUUUUCAUUUGAAUUUUCAUUGUACAUACCUUUAGAUGUCAAACUUUGAAUAAACAAGACACCAUGAAUAGACUGACGGCCUCUUCUGGAGCAGGAAAAAUGCCUCACCAUGACAAAGACAUUGUUAUUUAUCCUUUUGAAUGCCUUUUCAUUUUCUCUUUUUGGUGCAAUGUGUUAAUGCCAAGGCCAUGUCUUGGUUAAGUAUGGUUGAGUACAGAGAUUUAUGUAAGUUAUUUUUCAAAUUAAAAAUAAAAAAAUUGAUAUUACACUGA